AAUUCCUGUUGUUAUAAGCUAGUGAUUGAACGUGGGCUGCGUGCCCACAGCCCCUCAGCAACCCUGAGCUAUCCAAUUUUGAACUUUUUCCAUUUCUUACUUUACUGCUUCAUCUCGACAACAACCACAUAAAGCAUGCGGAAAAUGAAAGUUUCCUCUAAUUGGCACUCAAGUGCUCAUUUUGCUUAGAACUUUAAUAUUUAGGAAGAUCGUGUAGCUAGUACUAACGGCAAGCAUGUAUUCCGUUGAUAGGCAUCUACAGACUGAAGAAGGAGGCCCUUCCCUCUUCUGUUGAUGAAAUGCACCCUGUCAGUCAUUUUCUCCAUAACGUCAGAUAAGUCUUCAUUGGUUUCAUGACAAGGAACAUUCUCAUCUUACUGUGCCUUUAUGGGAGCAUGGGGGGAGGGUUGUAAGAUACAUUACACUGAUGAAGUAUCAUAAUCACAAACUAUAAAAAGGGGAAAUAUAUGCUUACCAUAGGUACUUUUUGUAUGAAUUUCCUGACCCUGAUUUGAUCAGAAUCUAAACCUAAAGACUGUAACAAUUUAGAUCUUUUUUUUUUUAAGUUUAAUUGUUCACUUUGAGAAAAACCUCAAGGUUAUGCAAGAAUGGUGGCAGAGCGGAAGCAAGGAGCCAGCUGCUUUGCACAUCAGAGGGCUUGAAAGAGAACAGCAGGUCGGAUCAGAAACAAAACCACAGCAGGGCCUCUUGCUCUCACAAAUCCUUCGGACUACUCACACUGUCCUCUCCCACCAGGUCUCCUGAUUUGAUUUAAAUUAAUUAAUUUAUUUUGGCCUAAGAUGCUGCUAGUGUGAAUAACGUGACCCAGCUCUGAAGAUCUCUAGGGAGGAAGAGGAAGUUUGCCCUUACCUGACACGUGCUGGGAAUGAAGACAGUGCCUGCCAUGCUUGGGACUCCUCGGUUAUUUAGGGAAUUCUUCAUCCUCCAUCUGGGCCUCUGGAGCAUCCUUUGUGAGAAAGCUACUAAGAGGAAUGAAAGGACUCAAAACUCUUCAGAACACCCACUAAUAACAGUAUCUGACAUCCCAGAUGCCACCAAUGCCUCAGGACCAUCCACCAUGGAAGAGAGGCCAGGCAGGACUUGGCUGCUUUACACCUUGCUUCCUUUGGGGGCAUUGCUUCUGCUCCUUGCCUGUGUCUGCCUGCUCUGCUUUCUGAAAAGGAUCCAAGGGAAAGAAAAGAAGCCUUCUGACUUGGCAGGAAGGGACACUAACCUGGUUGAUAUUCCAGCCAGUUCCAGGACAAAUCACCAAGCACUGCCAUCAGGAACUGGAAUUUAUGAUAAUGAUCCCUGGUCUAGCAUGCAGGAUGAAUCUGAAUUGACAAUUAGCUUGCAAUCAGAGAGAAACAACCAGGGCAUUGUUUAUGCUUCUUUGAACCAUUGUGUUAUUGGAAGGAAUCCAAGACAGGAAAACAACAUGCAGGAGGCACCCACAGAAUAUGCAUCCAUUUGUGUGAGAAGUUAAACCUGCCACUGAGCCAGGCAGCCUACACUGCAUGAGUGCCUGUCAAUACCUCUGUCUGGACCUUCAGUUUCAAAUAACCUUCAACCUGGAAAGUUUCAAUUAAGAUGCUCUGUGCUGGUGCUGCGUCUUAAAGGUCCAUGAAGUAUUUAGUUAAAAUUUCUCCUGAAAACUUUGGGAGAGUUUUGUACAAGACAGACUCUUCCCUGGGAAAACUCAUAUUACGAAUAGCAGAAUAAUAGGGCUUUUAAAAUUGACCAUGUCGCACCAUGUCGUACCCAAUGUGUGAAUUCAAUAUUUUCUUUGGAACUACCAAACAGACUUACAGGGGAGAAAGAAGCGUGUUAUUUGGAUCUGCUCACUACACAUUCUAGAAAAAGAAUGGCCCAGUUUGACUAACUAGUCAUAAAUAUAGUAAUGAUUGUAUGCUCUCAGUCAGUCAUGAUAAGACAAUUACCCAUGUCAAUCUAUAUAGAUAAUGCUUUAUUAUUUUUUUUAAUGUGAAAGAAAAAUUAUCUUGGACUCAAUUCAGAAAAAGAUUAGAAAGGGUAAUUGGUAUAAUACAGAUAUAGCAUAUGCCAGAUAGAUGUGGUGCCAACGAUCCUUAUCCCCACCAGUGAGAUGCUCACCUUCAGCUGGCUUGAUUGAGAAAGUAAGGUAGGUAGUAAAGGGCUCAUCCACAUAUAGUGAGUGGAUUUGCAAUCAGCGUGGUAGUGUUUGGAUCAAGAUUAACGCACAUGAAUGUGAUUCAAUGCUGCUGGAUUAAUAUACAUAUGGUACGUAUGGGCCUAUGAACAAGUGUCCAUGGGAAUGGAUAUAUUAUCAAUCUAGAGCGAACUUUUAGCCCACCUUUUGCUUUACGUGAGAGCAAGCUCAAAGGGCAAUUUAUGAAAGGAGAAUCUUGAAUAUUGAGUUGAUCCGUAGGGACUGGCAUGCAUUCAUUAAUGCCUGUUUCUUGAUUCUGAGGAAGUGAAUCAGAAAAAAUCAUAUGUAAUGAAGUAGGGCCUAUGGAGAUCACUCAGGUUUAAAUUCUGACAUUGCAGCUGUUCAAGAAGAUGAUUAUCAGGUGUUCUGAAUUUCCGGAUUGAGUCUAAUUACUUAAAAAUAGCUCAUAAUUUUAUUCAUCAGCUUGAGGCUUGAGUUCUCAGACCCUAAAACUGAAUAAUGGCAUAGUCUUAGUAUACAGCAGAUUGGGCCUGAGUUAGAAGCCACUGGAGCAAACACAUAAACUGUCUAUGUAAUUGCAUGCAUAUAUGUGGGUGUGCCUGUGCAUGUGUGUGCUAGCAUGCAAAUGCAAGAUGUGACGCCUGGAAAUAAGACAAGAGAAACCAGUCCUUUUGCUGUGCUUUUUUUAGUUUGCUUAGAAGGUGCAAAGUACUAGAGAAAAUGAGUCAUUUAUAGAAAAUAACACGUAGACUGGUGAGAAUGGAAGGGAGUUGAGAAUGUAUCCAUAAACAGUGAAUAAAGAGGCCUUACUACACAGCUUUUCUCACCUACUGCUCACCUCGGGUUCCAGUUCCCUGAAUCUAGAACAACAAACAAUGUUUUCAGACAUGUUACAACCACUUCUAGUUAAGCUUGUUCAGGCAGGUGCAUUUGUGGGAAUUUAUGCAAAAAAGACCUUAGAAUAGCUGCUCAUCUUCAAAAUAGAAACAGGAAGGAUGGGAGGGGGAUGAGUACUGCACUCUGUCUCUCUUAUCAGAUCAACAGGCAACUUAAGCAAAUCUUUCAGAAUUGUCUCCGGCUUUAAAAGGAAAAUACUUCGCUCUACUCUGUUUAAAACAAUCUUUUAAAAACGUUGUGUGUACAUGUAUAUUUGGGUAUGCAUGUAUGUGUGUAUAUGGUGUAUGUGCGUGGUGUACACACAUGUGUAUGCAGGAGCCAGAAGAGAAAGUCAGGCACCCUUUUCUAUUGCACUCCACUUUAUUCUGUUAAGGGAAGGUCUCUCAUUGAACCUGGAGCUCUGCUAGCAAGCAGCAAGCCAGCGAUGGAUCCUCCCAUCCCUGACCCCCACAUUGCUAGACUAUAUUUGCUCAUGCCCAGCUUUUUACAAGGAUGUGGAGAACUGAAAUUCAGGUCCUCAUGAUUGCAUAACAAGCACUCUCACUUACUAAGCAUGUUCUAAUAUGUUUUACAAUGAAAGACGCUGCUCAAGAUUUCACCUCAAUGAAUGAUCAAUUCUGUUUGUACCUUGUUUGCCAAUCACAUAGCAUUUAUGCUCUUAUUCCUACUUAGUAAAUAUGUAUGUUGUAGCUCCUCAAAUAAAUUUGUUCCAGCAUUAUUUUCAUGGUUACCUAA